AAAAUUCAUCCUUAACAACGUAAAUUGGUGGAGGGGAUGAAAAAUAGGUCUCCUUUGUCGUUAGUGCUCUAGAUAAAAUGAUAAUGAGAAGUUCUGUUGGACGCACCAACAUCAUCACCAAAACGACGACGCGUUUCCACUUGCUGAGGCUUGCGGUGGGGCACCUCUCCCGCGCCACUCUCUGGCUCUGCAAGUCGUUGCUCUCCAAAACCCUAGGCGUCUUCUUUAACUUCUCCAUGGACGACCUCUUCCUCUCCGACGACGAUGACCGUCUACUCGACCUCUACACUCCCUACGGCCGCAAGCGCCCCCUGUCACCCCACUUCGACCACUUCGACUACGAGGACGACAGCAAGAAGCUCUACCUGGUUCCUUACCGGUGGUGGAAGGAGGUACAAAGUGGCACUACUGAACAAAUUGCAGGAGUUUCAUACUCUGUAUCAUCAGAUGAUGAGUCUGAGUCGGAAAUUGUGCUGAAACUGAGGAAGCAAGAGGUUUAUGGGAAGAUGAUGAAGGUAGAAGAAGGGGUUUCAGGGCGUGAGUAUGCACUAGUUCACGAAGCUUUAUUUUCUUGGACACUUAAACGGUACAAUGAUUCUAAAACAUUCAUGAAGGAGGCUUGGAGCCUUUCUGUUGCAGCAGAUUACUGGCAAGAUUUGUUUACUUUGCUGAUCAGGCUUUCCUUUUCACCAGAAGCAGAUUCAUUGGUAGUAAAGAUUAGCUUAAAGGAUAAUUUGGGUGAUCUUUUCAAGAGAGCUUGUUGCAUUUUUAAUACCAAUUCUGAGCUAUUGUACAUUUGGGACUUCUCAGGGCAGACUAACCUCUUUCUUUUGAAUGAAAAAGUCAAUUUGUGCAAUGAUUCCCCUCAACAGCCUGGAAAUGAGAUUCCCCUUGAAUUGCAUGUCCACGGAUUUCCAGUUUCUAAAAAGGAGAGGAAUGAGGAGAAAGAAGAUUUGUCCAAUUCCUUGCUAUCUGAUAGUAGCUACAGGGGAAUUGGUUCAUUGGGCUUGAUUGGACUGCAGAAUCUUGGAAAUACUUGUUUCAUGAACAGCGCAAUACAGUGUUUGGUGCAUACUCCACAGCUUGUUGAUUUUUUCUUAGGAGACUACCAAAAAGAUAUAAAUUACAAAAAUCCAUUGGGGAUGAAUGGUGAGCUUGCUUUAGCAUUUGGAGAACUGUUAAGGAAGCUAUGGGCUCCAGGAACAAUUCCAGUAGCUCCAAGAAAGUUCAAGUUGAAACUUUCUAGUUUUGCUCCCCAGUUCAGUGGCUACAAUCAACAUGAUUCCCAAGAAUUUCUUGCAUUUUUGUUGGAUGGCCUCCAUGAGGAUCUGAAUCGUGUAAAAGGCAAGCCUUACACAGAAGUCAAGGAUGCAGAGGGCUGUCUAGAUGAGGAAGUAGCAGAGGAAUAUUGGCGAAAUCACUUGGCUCGCAAUAAUUCCAUAAUAGUUGAUGUCUGCCAAGGUCAGUACCGGUCAACGUUGGUGUGCCCUGAUUGCAAGAAGUUGUCUGUUACAUUUGAUCCUUUCAUGUACCUAACGCUACCAUUGCCUUCAACAGUGAUGCGUACAAUGACUUUGAAAGUUAUCAGUACUGAUGGGAUUAUGUUGCCAUCUGAAUGUACUGUUAUUGUUCCAAAGAGUGGGAAGUUGAAUGAUCUUAUUGAUGCUUUAAGUGUUCGAUGUUCUUUAAGAAAUGAUGAAAACCUGCUACUAGCUGAGGUAUGUUUGUAAGGCUAUUUCUCUAAUGUUGGAAGUCAUUCCCUUUUCUUUUGUGGGUAUAAAUCUUUGGAUUCAAGCUUUGGACCUUAAGCAUCUGCUCUCGAGCAUCUUAACUGGUUUGAAGGCACACAUUGUACUUUCUUUGGAGUUCUAGCACUACAACUUGACAAUGCUAUUGUCUUAUGGUUGUUGUCAUUAUGAAGGAAUAGCAAUGCCAAGAAUAAAAAUUAUUGUCCUUU